GCAGCCGGCGAGAACAAUGUCUCUCUCCGCCGCGACCACCUCCGACACUACGGCUCACGCACAGGACGGUUGCCUCGAGCCGCGGCGCGCGAACGGAAUGUCCCCUUCCGACCACCACACCGACCUCCCUUCCCGGCCCCCGUACACACCUCCAACCAACAGCGGCGGCGGGUACGUCGCGCGGAGGUCAGCAGGAGAGUCGCCGAAGACCGGCCGCAGCGGAUUCUUCUCGCUCGCCGCCCCCUCCCUCCGACGAACCCCAAGCCUCGGAAGCCGGAGAGCCGCGAGCUCGUCUCCCUUACAACCACCUCUUCCCGGGCGCCAGGCGCUGCGGCGAGCGACAAGGAACACGGACGGCCCGCCCCCUUUGCCGCCGCCCCCUCUUAUUGUUUUACCCCUGCCGAAAGGGCUGGGGAACCCCCCAGCACGGCUUCAGCCAAUCACGCAUCUCCUUCGCGCGCCGGACCCAACCCUCUCGCGUUUCUCUGCGGAGCACGCGCAGAACGCCGCCGCGCUCACGUACUCUCGCGCCCAGAAAGCCGGGGAACCGGAACCGGCCUGAAGCCGCGGCGAGAGUCCGCUGAUUUGACGUCACAAGGAGGCUGCCUUUCUAAUGCCCUACGGCGCUGGCCUCGCCGCCCUUCCAGACCGCGACCCGACGGGACCGGUUGGCCGCGGCUUUGGCGGCGUCUGCUGGAGAGCGAGGUUCCUGGUCCCCUUCGGUUAUGAAUGUUGGGAGGGCAGGACCUCGGUCAUUUUCUCUCCGAGCCAGGUGCCUGCAGGUUGCCGCUCGAGCCCGGAAAACGCAGCCAGUGGUUUCAGCUGUUUGCACCCCAAACUUGCCUGCACUGUGUAUGAACCCGUCCUGGGAAAUGGAGUUUGACACUUCGGUCAUAUUUCCUGCCCCAGGGGUGGAUCUUGGAUGCGAACCUUUAUCAAACGUCCAUGAAAGAUCAAAGUUAAUCGCAUCUAUCGGUUUCUCCAAUUACUCCUCCUGAAAAAUCACACUCAAGCAUUCUAAAGAUGAGGUAGGUGUGAUUUUCCCCUCCACAAAGUAUCCUUCUUAGAAUUUGAGUUAACCUAAUGCUGC